GAAUGGUUUAUUAAUUUGUGGAAUGAUUGGAAUGAAGAAAGAAAUAAUCAUAUGAAAAGUAUAAUGCCAUAUAAAUACAAUAUUACAAAAUUUGUUGAAGAUGAAAAAAAAAUAUGGAAGGAAUGGAUAUCAAAAAUUAUAAAUAAUAUUGGGGAAUGGGAGCAUGAAUACUGGUUUAAUGAUUUAUUAGAAAAAUAUGAAAUGUAUACAAUUGAUUUUAGUGAUGAAAUAUAUAGUAUAGAAUUGGAAAAUUAUUUGAAAGAGAAACUAUUAAAAAUAGCGUUACUAAUGGAUAUAUUU